UAACACAUGAAACCUAACGUGUGUUUGUUGCUUCUAAAGUACAAAACGACUCGGGGUGACUUCCACCUAUGGAUCCACAAACAGAAAGAAUGUUAACCGGCCAAUAAUUGUAUAGCUUGACAUCAAACUAGCUGCCUAUAGGCACAAAACAGAAUAUAUAAAAAUGGAAUUUUUGGGAAGAGCAUGCAGGCAUUUUAAAUCAAAAGGAAGAAAUGGAAAAGAUACAAACGAAAUGAUUAUCGACGGGAAAAAAAUUUCAACUGUUUUGGAACUUCACAACUUGUUGUCAAGUUGUACCAAUCCAAAAAUGGUUAUACAAUUCACUAUGACAGGAGCACCCAUCAAGAGUGUUCCUCAGUGCAUAGGAUCAUUUGUCAACAUUUCUUACCUGAAUCUUUCUGGAAACAAUAUUGAGUUCCUACCGUGGUCAAUUGUAUUGCUUAAAAAGUUGGAACAUCUGGACCUAUCCAAUAACUGUGUUGCAGUCAUUAGUCCUAUACUCUGCUACUUUCCUUUGCUGAAGACACUCGAUGUGAGUGAAAAUGUUUUGGAGAGCCUUCCAACGGACUUGCUUAAUCUUGUUGCUCUCAAGACAUUAAAUGUGAUUGGAAACAAAACUAUCAAAUCACCACCACUUUCUGUCUGUCAGGACGGAAAGGAAGCCAUUUUUGAAGCUCUCAGAAUUCGAAAAAGUCGUGUAGAUGCAUUUUCCAACUGGAAACCUUACUAUCAAGGAAACAAAACUCAAUCAAUGAAAUUGAAUUCAUUAGUGCAAAUUUGUAUAGACUGCAUCAUUGAAAGUGAUGUUGAUUUUUUGUCAGCUGAAAUUCCACCUGUUAUGAAAACAUACUUGAAUGAAACGAAAAAACAGGAAUCAUCCUUGCUACCAAAUCUUUUCAAAUGUAGCAAAUGUCGAAGAUAUUUUACAAAGAGUUUCACAUUUGAAAACCAUGACUGCAAAGUAGUCAAUAAAAUGGGCACCUUGAAAUGAAGACCAAAUUACCUGUGAUAACAAUUAAUUGCCAAACUUCAUGACUUAAAAUGACAGAUGUGACUGUAAUGUACACUGCACUGAGGUUUGUCUCGGAAUCAUCACAUUAUUAAUGCCUUCAUUAAAACAAAACAGAAACUGCAAUGUAUGGAAUCAAAUAACACAUAACAAGGACAUUAUAUUACUUCAGAUGAUAAUUUGACUUCCAUUAUGUUUCACCAACUUAAAUACAUAUACUCAAUACAUUGAUAUAUUAAAGCUAUUUAUCAUAAACAGUCAUGGGGUAUGGAAGCUAUGUAUAUACUCAGGUAAACAUGUAAGUUUGACAUUUAUAUUAUCAUCGCUAUU